UUGCAGAACUGACAGCAGCCAAGAAUCCAAGUUAGACAUGCCGUCUGACAGCACCUACAGUAAGGUUGCUGGCCAUUUGCUAACUUCAUCCACACCUAGAACACUGAAUGAAUGCUUAGCUAUAUCAGAGCAUAUGGAAUUGUGCCAAAUUGAGUUGCACUAUCGCGCAGAGGGUAAUGCAAAUUUGGUGCUUGCAUUGCCGCAGUUCAAAAAAGUUUUACGUUUGCCAAAAAUGUUGCCGAUGAACGGCCAAACACAACAACAAUUCCAUGUUAAAAAAUCUCUACAACAAAAACGGCAGCAGCAACAGACUCUGGAAAGUGUUUCCGACUUGGUUAGGCAGCAAAACACAAAAGUUGAAAACUUGACAAUGAAAGAAUUUGUGGAUUUCAUUGAGAUAAUUCGACGUCUAUUGGGUAAUGAGUUUAUAUUUGAAGCGGAAGUUAUACAAAUACCAAAGGAAGCAGAUAGAAAAUGGAUAAAUGAACAUGUACGUGCCGCCAGACCAGCACAUCGACUGGAUAAAGAAUUUUGUGGGCAAUUUGGACUUCUGCUACCAGAUGUUACCCAGUUACCGGCAGCGUUCGACAUUUUAGUUUCCAAUUUACAGCCAAGAGCAGCAUUAACUGGAGACACAUACGCCAUUGAAAUUAAACCGAAACAAGGUUGGUUGCUUCCGAGUGAUGUCAACAAUUUAUUUAAAACGAAAGUGGCAAGUAGUGAAAGAGCUAAAGAAGCUGAAGUGUCUGCAACAAUAACCGCAUCGCAUAAAGCUUCAGUUCGAGCAGCGGAAAUAUCGCAAACUACAAGUGAAACAACAAAAAUCUCAAACGCAAACGACACCAGGUGCCGCUACUGUGCGAUGCAAUUUUUAAAGCUACAACAACAAAAAGUUUCGGAACGUAGCUCCUAUUGCCCAAUGGAACUUUUCUCCGGUGCUCCUGGUAAAAUGUUGGCCGCAUUAGAUGCACUCUUCGAGUGUCCUCAAAAUAAUUUAAGAAUAUUUCAAAAUGGAAAUUUAAUUUAUGGAGAUCACUACAAAUCGUUAUCCUUCGAGAAACAAAUUGAACAAAUUUUUACGGGUAAAAUGACAUUGGCGGCUUUAAAAGAUUUCAUUGUAACAUGUCUCUUGAGAGACUCUGAUGAAAAUGGCAAAGUUGCUAAAAGCCGUGCCAACAUUGUCGUUCCUGGUGGCGUAGGUCAACCGCAUUCGAGUGCAACACAAACACAAGCUGCAACGAGUAAUGCUUUGAUGAUAGAAACAAAAGCGGAAACGGAAGUGCAGGCGACUUCAACACAAAUCACUGAAGCGGAAAUGUUGUGCUUACCAAAAAAUUGUAUCUUGCAAAAAAUUUUGCAUUUACAGCUGUUGGCCAAGCGAAAUUUAAAAUAUAUGUACGAAAACGGUUUUCUAGAAGUCACAACAAAAUCGUAUACAGCAUUAGGAACGCUUCUGAAGAAACAACAUGUAGUAAACUUCCUAAACUUAAGACCUGAAGAGGAAUAUUUGUUAGCAGCAAUGGCAAUGGAUUGUUCUAUUAUGCUAACAUUUCAGGAGAUUGAAGGACAUGUCAGUAUGGAUCUUGUACCUUUCAGUUCAACUUUAAGUCAACAUAUUGUGCAGAUACCGAACAGUAACAAAACAUUCUUAACAAAAAUGCAUAUAUUGGACUUAGAUCCCAAGCCUGACAGCCAUUUCAGUAAAUACGUAAAACAAACCAGAAUGGCAUAUGAGUGUUCUGAGAAGAGAUGAUAAUAAUCAACGAAAUGACAUGGGAUAUGUAAAAGUCUCUUA